GGGGCCGAGCGCUCGGCCGGGCGGGAGCUCAGGAUGCUCGGGCAGCGCCGCGGGCCGGGCGGGCGCGAUGGAGCCGCCUGAGGGCUGGGACCCCUACGGGCGGCCGGCCCGGCGCACGCAGUGGCUGGUCAGCGCCCUCGCCUACCACUACGGGCUGGACCGCGGCGUGGAGAACGAGAUCGUCGUGCUGGCCACCGGCCUGGACCAGUACCUGCAGGAGAUCUUCCACCGCUUGGACUGCGCCGGUUCGGGCCGCAUCCCCGGCGAGGACUUCCGCACGCUGUGCCAGGUGCUGGGGCUGGAGGAGGCGGCGGAGCCCGAGGAGUGCGCGGAGCUGUGGGACGGGCUCUCGGCCGAGCUCACCUUCCGCCAGUUCCACGCGCGGCUCUGCGGCCACUUCAGCACCCGCGCGGGGCCGCGGCUGCCGCUGGGCCGGGAGAGCGAGCACAUCGAGACCCAGAUCCGCCUGCGCAGCCCCCGCCGCCGCCGCCGCAGCGACCCCGCCGGCCGCGGAGCCGCGGGCAGCGCCGAGCGGCGGCCGCCGGGGCCCCGCUCCCGAGAGUGCUACGAGGAGAUCGUGGCGCUGGAGCAGGCCGAGGACCGCAUGGCCAAGCUGGAGGAGGAGAACGGCAGCCUGCGGGAGCUGGUGGAGGACAUGCGCGCCGCCCUGCAGAGCAGCGAUGCGCGGUGCCUGGCGCUGCAGGUGGGACUGUGGAAGAGCCAUGCCAGCCAUAGAGAAGGAGGAUCCUGCUUCAUAGGGAGGAAGAGACCAUUAACACAGAAGCACUCCCAGACCAAGUGCCUCCAAAGUGUCCUGGAGGAAAUGGAGCUCAUGCGGAGCUCCAGGGAUGGGCAGAUUGAAGAAGCCAUCAGGUUCAGCCAGGAGCUGGAGAAGGAGCUGAAGAGCUCUCAGGAAGCUCUGGUCAGCCUGGAAGAUUGCAACCGUAACCUGAAGAGGGAGCAGGCAGAGACGAGGAGGAAGGUGGAAGAGGCCAGACACGCUGUCCUGAACAGUCUUGGCAAAGUGAAGGAGCUGGAAGUGAGAGCUAAGGAGGUGCCACAUCUGCAAAUACACAUCCAGCAGCUGGAAUCACAACUGCAGCACUACAGGUAGGUUGGAGUCUGACAAAAAGUGCCCAUAAAUUCAGUGUUGGGGCACAGGUGAGUUUGAGAAUCUCUGGUUGGGGCUUAUUAGAUGUCUCCAGAACACCUUGUAAAAUCUGGCCAGAGGGAAAUUAGAAGCUGCUCAUCCAUUUUCUUGGUAGGGGUCUUUAGGAGAUCUAGCAGUCUUCCAGGCCAAAGGGUG